UUUGCUAUUUUCGGAGAAUUGAUUGUAUUCGUACAUCUACAAGGUGACGGCGUUUGUGGAGCUACUGUUCUACUUAUCUUCCUAGUAAAAUUAAUUUACACUUAACUCUUCACGCAAUGUAGAUCAAGUACAAAAUGGAAUUUAUUUGCCUAUACCACUGUAUAUUGGGAGGUGAUUAUGGUGGUUACGAGAGUCUUAGUUUUUAAUCAUGGCGACUGACUGCAACAGAUUGAAGACAUGUAAAGCUUGCAAGAAAAGAUGUUUUCAAUUUCAUUCUUCGGAGGCUUCAAAUUCCACUCUCUGGUCCUUUUUCAAAGUCAUGGAUGACAAGUGCUCACCUUUUUUGGAGAUUCCUUCCCUACCUGCAAAGCAAAUUCAGUCAGAUGGAUGCGGAUAUGUUAUUGUGGAGGGCCCAACUGGGUACCUUUGGGAGAGCAUACUCUGUUUUUGUGGCACUUCUCCAUCUUUCAAGACUGGUUGGGAAAAAUUCGUUUCAUAUCAUUCCAUCCAAGCUGGAGAUAUUAUAUUUUUCAGAAAUAUGGGAGAGAGACUGUUUAUUGUUCAAAUAUUCCAUCCCAGUGGAUAUGAAAAGCAAAUAACACACAAAAAAGAGGUUCCAAAACAAGAGGGUUCUGAUUUGUGCAGAAAUCAGGCACACCAAUGGCUCUCUUCCGAGCAUCCAAUGAUCUUGGACAGUGACUCAGAAAAUCACUUUGACCAAAAGCCACCAUUGCUAUCAUGUAGCCGUGUAAAACAUAAUACUGAUAGUAAGCAUUCCAUAAUUCAAUCAGGGCGUAAUCGUCGUUAUGCAGCGAGGUAUUCCAUGAUUCAACCAGGGCGUCAUCUUCGUUAUGAAUCGAUGCUUUCCAUGAUUCGACGACGAGAGCGUUAUCAUCGUUAUGUAGCGAAGCGUCUUCAACCAGGGCCUAAUCUUCGUUAUGCAGCGAUGCUUUCCAUGAUGCAACCAGGGCGUAAUCAACCAUCUACUUCUGACCUUUCCAAUUAAGCUUUGUAGAAAAUGGCUUCACCAAUCAAGGGUAGAAGUGGUGUUAUUAUGCCAGAGUAAAAAAUGGCUGGUGACAAAUGUAGGAAACCGUAAAGAACUUGGGAUUGGAUCUGGCUGGAAAGAAUUUGUUGUCGACAAUCAGCUUAAGUUAGGAGAUACUUGUACUUUUGCAUUGCAAAACACAGAAAAAUAUGUCUUUGCAGUCAAAAUAUUCAGAGGCUAAUAUGAAAAUUUCAAGCCCAUUUUACAAGCUUUCAAGGGUAGGACAUGUCAUAUACAGAGAAAUCUAAUAGUAAUGGCAAGAGAGUAGAGCGGACAUGAAGUUCCAAGCCCAAAUAACAAAACCAUAGGGCUAUUUUGGAUUUCUCAGUUGAAACUGCUAUUGCUAUGCUUAUAGUUGUUUUGCUAUAUAAUGUAAGAUUUGACAAUUCCUAAUUUUACUCUUUUAGUAAAUUCGUUACGAACUUAGUAA